AUGGCUGUAGCCGUGGAACCUGCUGUGAGGAAGAAGGUUUUGAGGGUUGUGUUUAUUAGUUUGUUGUUGGAUUUGGUCUCGUUCACAUUUAUCCUACCGCUCUUCCCAUCGCUUCUCGAAUUCUACAGAUCCCAAGAAGCGCCCAUCGAAUUCUCGUCUGCGAGAAAAUCGCCAUCUGUCCUCGCGCAUAUCCUCUCGUACCUCAAUGCCUACAAAGCGUCGUUUUCAAGACCAAUUGAUUCGAGAUAUGAUAUUGUGUUGUUGGGAGGAGCUUUGGGGAGUUUGUUCUCUCUCCUUCAAGCCUUCGCAUCUCCCAUAAUCGGACAUCUCUCCGAUCGCUAUGGCCGCCGAACUGCUCUCCUCUUCAGCAUGACUGGUAACAUUCUCAGUGUCCUCCUCUGGGUUAUGGCUACCGAUUUCCGCACAUUUCUCCUAUCCCGAAUCGUGGGUGGACUGUCAGAGGGGAACGUUCAACUUGCGAUUGCCAUAGCUACAGACAUCUCAGAUGAGAAACAACGAGGCGCGACAAUGGCAUUAGUAGGAAUAUGUUUUAGCAUCAGUUUUACAUUCGGACCUGCCUUGGGCGCGUGGUUAAGCACAAUCAGCAGCGUCAAGGCAAACCCAUUUGCGACCGCAGCUGGAUUCUCAUUAUUCUUGAUCGUCACAGAGACGUUGUACCUCUAUUUCUGUCUUCCAGAAACCCUACCCUCAAAAGUAGCCUCCGCCAAACUCGCAGCCUCAAACACCAAAACCACCACCAACGGCCACCCCGCCAUCAAAACCAACGGGACCACAAAAGCCCCCGCGAAGCCAUUCACGCGAACCAACUCCCACUUCCUCCUAAACCUCACGCACCUAACCUUCAUCCUCUUCUUCUCAGGCAUGGAGUUCUCCCUCCCGUUCAUGACAUUCGACCUCUUCGGCUACACCUCCGCGCGCAACGGCCGGCUCCUAGGCUACAUGGGACUUAUCGCUUCCCUCCUACAAGGCGGAAUCACGCGUCGUCUCCCGCCACUCCUAUCUGUCCGUAUAGGCGUCGUAUCCUGUCUCCUCGCUCUCUUCCUCCUUGCGCGCAUAGACACACAAGCAGGUCUCUACCUCGCGACCACGCUCUUGGCCGUCACGACCGCGACCGUCGUCACAGGUCUGAACGCGCUCAGCUCCUUCGAAGCAGGCGAAGAUGAACGAGGUGCUAAACUUGGGAAUCUACGCAGUUGGGGACAAUUUGGCCGUGGUGUCGGACCCUUGCUGUUUACAAGCGUGUAUUGGUGGGCUGGACGCGAGGUUGCGUAUAGUAUCGGGGGCAUGGGCGUGUUGGGGGUUAGUAUGGUGGUGUUUUUCGGGCUGAAGGAUCCGGGGAAGGGGAAGAAGAUUGUGGAGGUGGAGUUGUAG